AUGAUGGUGGAGGUCUUGAGGCAGGCUGCUCUUCCGGUACGUCACCAAGAUGGCGGCCGCUUAGUGCGAGUAGUGUCCAUCGUUUCACAUGUUCUGCCCGUUUGCAGUGCACCAUCCGGGUACUUUCAGUGCACUGAAUUCUGCUGGUUUUUUCAGUGGCACACUUGGAACACUGAAAGUCAGUGCUCAAGUGCUCAAGUGCUCAAGUGCGCGGUAGUAGACACAGCCCUGGACCAGGUGUUCCGGCUGCCCACCACCACCUUCAUCGGGGGCGGCGAGUGCUCGCUGCCCCUCAGGGAGAUCGUCCGGCGCCUGGAGAUGGCGUACUGCCGGCACAUCGGGGUGGAGUUCAUGUUCAUCAACGACGUGGAGCAGUGCCAGUGGAUCAGGCAGAAGUUCGAGUCGCCGGGAGCCAUGCAGUUCAGCCCGGAGGAGAAGAGGACUCUCCUGGCCCGGAUGAUCCGGUCCACCAGGUCAGGGGGAAGGCUGGGGGGGGGGGAGGUCCUGAGACAAUGUCACGCAGCAGCACCGCCUCCCGUCCACAGGUUCGAGGAGUUCCUGGAGAGGAAGUGGUCCUCGGAGAAGAGGUUCGGUCUGGAGGGCUGCGAGGCGCUCAUCCCGGCCCUGAAGACCAUCAUCGACGAGGCCAGCCUGAGCGGAGUGGAGAGCGUCGUCAUGGGAAUGUCUCACAGGGGGAGGCUCAACGUUCUGGCCAACGUCAUCCGGAAGGAGCUCGACAUCUUCUGCCAGUUCGACUCCAAGCUGGGAGCCGCUGACGAGCUAACCAGCCGUAGCUUCAUAUUCCAUAACCAUAUUCAUUAUAAUUCUCUUUGUGUUUCAUUGGCUCCGCCCUCUCCGUGGAUAUAUUUCAUUGGCUCCGCCCUCUCUCUUUGUGUUUCAUUGGCUCCGCCCUCUCUCUUUGUGUUUCAUUGGCUCCGCCCUCUCUCUUUGUAUUUCAUUAGCUCCGCCCUCUCUCUUUGUGUUUCAUUGGCUCCGCCCUCUCUCUUUGUGUUUCAUUGGCUCCUCCCCCUCCCUCUCCCUGUGUGUGCAGGUUUCGAGCUGGGCUUCGCCAUGGCCAGUCCCAAGGCCCUGGUCUUGUGGGAGGCCCAGUUCGGGGACUUCCACAACACGGCCCAGUGCAUCAUCGACCAGUUCAUCAGCUCGGGUCAGGCCAAGUGGGUCCGGCAGAACGGCAUCGUGCUGCUGCUCCCCCACGGCCUGGAGGGCAUGGGUCCGGAGCACUCGUCGGCUCGCCCCGAAAGGUUUCUGCAGAUGUGCAACGACGACCCGGAUGUUUUCCCUGCUCUGACGGAGGACUUCGCCGUGCGCCAGCUGUUCGACUGCAACUGGAUCGUCGUCAACUGCUCCACGCCGGCCAACUUCUUCCACGUGCUGCGCCGGCAGAUCCUGCAGCCGUUCAGGAAGCCUCUGAUCGUGUUCACUCCCAAGUGGCUGCUGCACCACCCUUAGGCCAAGUCCAGCUUCGACGACAUGCUUCCAGUUACGGAGACGUCAAGCUCCUCCCCCCCUCAGCUGUCUCCGUUCCCGUUCGAUCUGGUGAAGGCGGAGACGGAUCGGUACCCGACCGCCGACCUGGUCUGGUGCCAGGAGGAGCACAAGAACCAGGGUUACUAUGACUACGUCAAGCCCCGCCUCCGCACCGCCAUCCAGCGCACGCGCCCCGUCAGGUAUGCGGGUCGUGACCCCGCGUCGGCUCCGGCUACCGGGAACAAACCGACUCACCUCGCCGAGCUGCGGCGCCUCCUGGACACGGCGUUCCACCUGGAGGCGGGAAAAGUGGAGGAGAAGAAAAGUGGAGUAGGAAAGUGGAGUGGAAGAAAAGUGGAGAAGAGGAAAAGUGGAGUAGAAGAAAAGUGGAGUAGGAAAGUGGAGUAGAGGAAAAGUGGAGUAGAGGAAAAGUGGAGUAGGAAAGUGGAGUAGAAGAAAAGUGGAGAAGAGGAAAAGUGGAGUAGGAAAGUGGAGUAGAGGAAAAGUGGAGUAGGAAAGUGGAGUAGAGGAAAAGUGGAGUAGAGGAAAAGUGGAGUAGAAGGAAAGUGGAGUAGGAAAGUGGAGUAGAGGAAAAGUGGAGUAGGAAAGUUGAGUAGAGGAAAAGUGGAGUAGAGGAAAAGUGGAGUGGAAGAAAAGUGGAGUAGAAGGAAAGUGGAGUAGGAAAGGAGUAGAGGAAAAGUGGAGUAGAGGAAAAGUGGAGUAGAAGGAGUACCGGCAUUGAAUGUACGAAUUUAUUCGCAAUUUUAAUGACUUUUAUCUUAAUUUUGUAUCUUUAUUUAAUAGUAAUGUCAUAAUAAGAAUAAGAAUAAUGAUAAUAAUCAUCUAACCAAUUGAUGUUGCGCAAUCACCGUCUGAACACACGUUUGAAUCGAUGACGUCACAACGAUGUAUUUAUUUUCAUAAAUGUUUUGGAUAAAUAAAGGUGACCCUUUGACCUCGUUACCAUGGCAACAAGGAGGCGCUCGUAGGUUUAUGUUCAUAAUAAAAGUGAAGAUGAAAUGUUCGUCUCCCUGGAUCCUCUAAUGUUGCUCUAUAGAAGACUUGAAACUAGACUCAAGUUUACGGUCGCCCCCUGGUGGUCAGGAGAGAGAAUGCAGCUUUAACACAUGAAGCAUAGGCUUCUAUACAACCAGAGGAGUCGCCCCCUGGUGGUCAGGAGAGAGAAUGCAGCUUUAACACAUGAAGCAUCAUCGGCUGCCAGCUGGAGCACCUGGAACAGGUGGUGGAGAGGAGGUCGUUGAAGAAACUGGUGUCCAUAUUGGACAACCCGGACCACCCUCUCCACCACCUCCUACAGGGACAGAGGAGUACUUUCUCCAGACGUCUCCUCACGCUCCGCUGCCACAAGGAGAGAUACAGGAGAACAUUCCUGCCGACGGCUAUGAGGCUCUACAACAGUUCACCUCUUGCCAGAUCACCCUAACCCUUCUUAUAUUUUGUGUUUUGUUUUUUUAUUCUUGUGUGUUACUGCUACUGACUCGACAAAUUUCCCCUUGGGGAUUAAUAAAGUAUAUAUCUAUCUAUCUAUCUAUAGGCUUCUAUACAAUCAGAGGAGUCGCCCCCUGGUGGUCAGGAGAGAGAAUGCAGCUUUAACACAUGAUGCAUAGACUUUAUUUUAAAAUAAUUUAAAAUGUUAUGUUCACAAAUAAUAACCUUUAACUUGCCGCCAUCCAAAGGUUCUGGUAGUGUGUAGUGAUAGUUCUCUAAUAUACUAACAAUUCUCUAAUGUACUCUACUUCUCUCUACUUCUAAUCAUUAUCUUUGUUUUCUGUCACAUUUCCCGUCAACUAUUAAAUUAAAGGUGCAAAUAGAAAAAUUA